AUGUAUUUGGCGAAUUUAGACAAGAUUAUUGUAGAGCUUGUUGCACCCACUGAUCUUGAAUGGCUGUUUCUUGGCUGGGAAUGUCUCGAGACAGCAACGGUAUUGGUUUCCAGUCAUACAGGCUCCCUCAUAGACAACAUGGCACUUGUGGACACACAGAUUGUAACAGGUUUGGUUGGUUUGGGUGGCAAAACUGAUCCAUGGAGAGCAGUUGUCGUAAGAUGCUCCUCCGUUGUAAGAAGAACAGUAGUUUUGACAGAUGGAGAGAAGGCUUGCAGAGGCAAUGGAGACGAGGGCGAAGAGCAUGAAGUAACGGAACAUCUGGAAAUGUGGAUUAGAGAAAAUGAGAUUCUGGAAGAGAGCUUACCUUGGUGGAUGCUGGUCAGUAGAAACUGA